UUUGCCUCCAUAGUGGGCGUGGUCCCUGGGGAGCCCAGCGAAGUGGUGGUCACUGAGGCCACCAAGAGCUACGUGGUCCUGGGCUGGAAGCCCCCCGUCCAGCGGGGUCACGAGGGGUCAUGUACUACAUCGAGAGGUGAGAGGAAAUGCGUUGCAGGAACCGACCAGUGGCAGCGUGUGAACACGGGGAUGCCGGUGAAGUCUCCGCGCUACGCCCUGUUCGACCUGGAGGAGAGCGAGUCCUACAGCUUCCGCGUGCGCUGCUGUAACUCGGCCGGCGUGAGCGAGGCCUCCGGGUCCACCAGCAACAUCACCGUGGGAGACAAGCUGGAACUGCCCUCCUCCCCUGGCGCGGUGACGGUCACCAGGAACUGCGCCACCUCCAUCGUGGUGUCGUGGGCGGCCUCCAGGGAGGUGAAGCCUGUGGGCUACUACAUCGAGUACAGCGUGGUGGGCAGUGAGGCCUGGGUGCCCAGCAACAACAAGCCCGUCAAGAGCACCAGGUUCGUGUGCCAUGGCCUGACUACCGGUGAGAAGUAUGUGUUCAAGGUGAAGGCCGUGAACGCUGCAGGUUACAGCAACAGCUCCCCUCUAUCUGACCCUGUCCUGGUCAAGGCUGCCCUGUCCUGGAAGCCCUCUGCGGUGACCCUGGUUGAGGCUGCCAAGGACUACAUGGUGCUGAGCUGGAGCGCGCCGGCCUCCGACGGCGGGGCCGAGAUCACGGGCUACUACGUGAACUACAGGACAGUGAAGGGAGAGGUGGUGGGCAAAUGGCACGAGCUGAACUCCAAGGCUGUUAAUGCCACGUCCUACAAGGCCGAGGGCCUGAAGGAGAACCUCUUCUACCAGUUCCAGGUGCGGGCCAUGAACAUGGCGGGUGUGAGCAAGACUUCUCUGGCUGCUAAAGCUCUGGAGUGCAAGGAAUGGACCAUCACUGUUCCAGGCGCUCCUCUCGGCCUCCACGCGCUGGAGGUGCGUGACACCUCCCUGGUGGUGCUCUGGGUCGCCCCGGCGUUCAACGGGCGCUCCCCGGUCAUCGGCUACUACCUGGACAUCAAGGAGGCGGCGGGCGGCGACGGUGCCUGGAGGGCCGUGCACGAGAAGGUCCACCAGAUCAAGUACAUGAAGGUGACCGGUCUGAGUGCUGGUACUUCCUACGUGUUCCGUCUGCGAGCAGAAAAUCUGGCCGGCGUGGGAAAACCAUCAGGUGUCCUCGGCCCAAUUCUGGCCCAGACUCACCCAGGCACCCAUGAGAUCGAGGUGGACGUGGACGACGACGGUGUGAUCUCCAUGAUCUUCCAGUGCUCUGAGAUGGCUCAGGACUCCGAGUUCAUCUGGUCCAAGAACUACAAGAGCAUCACAGACAGCUCCCGCAUCACUGUUGUUACCCAGGGUGGCAAGUCCAGAGCUAUCUUCAACAGCCCCUCCCUGGAGGACCUGGGAACCUUCUCCUGUAUGGUCACCAACACAGAGGGCUUCUCCGCCAGCUACACACUCACCGAGGAAGCUCUCAAUCGCCUUCUGGACAUCAGCCAUGAGCACAAGUUCCCUGUUAUUCCCUUCAAGAAGGAGAUGUCCAUGGACCUGCUGGAGAAGGGCCGCGUGCGCUUCUGGACCCAGGUGGAGAAAUGCACCGCCGCGUGCAAGGUGGAGUACGUGUUCAACAACGCGGCCGUCACGGCAGGACAGAAAUACUCAAUGAACUUCGACCAGAAGACCGGCAUCAUUGAGAUGUUCAUGGACUCCCUGGAGGUCACAGACGAGGGAACGUUCACCUUUAACCUGGUGGACGGCAAGGCCAAGGGAACCACCAGCCUGGUGCUCAUUGGAGACGAGUUCAGAGAGCUCCAGAAGAAGUCUGAAUUUGAGAGGGCUGAAUGGGUCAGGAAACAAGGUCCCCACUUUGUGGAGUACCUCGGUUUCACCGUCACCGAGGAAUGUAAUGUGCUGCUUAAAUGCCAGAUUGGAAACAUCAAACCCGAGACUGAGAUCGAGUGGUACAAGGACAAGGUGAACAUCCACGCCGACGACGAGGACUCCAAGAAAAUCGGGAUGGAGGACGGGCUGUUGACCUUUAACAUCGGAAAGUGCGUUACUAAGCCAGACACAGAGCAAGCAGAAAAGGAGCAAGGAAAACCAAAGAGGCCGGCCGCGGACCUCACCCCAGCCGCCCCAAGACCCAAAAUUUCCAAGAGUGAUUCCGGCGUUUACGAGGUCAAGUUGAGGGACGAGAGAGGCAAAGACACGAGUACAUUCGAUUUGACCGACGCAGGCUACCAGGCUGUUAUGAAUGAAGUCUUUAGGGUUAUCGCCAACUCCUCCACCGGCAUCUCGGUCAUCAGCACUGAGCACGGAAUCGUGCUGUCCUCCAGCGUCAUCUAUUACACCCAUGAGCUGCGUGUCGGGUGGCUCCAAAAAGAGAGCAAGAUAACCAGCUCUACCAGGCAAGAGUGUGGAGUCACAGGGGAGCAGCUUUGGCUGAAGAUCAACGAGCCCACAGAGAAGGACAAGGGCAAGUACACCAUAGACAUCUUCGACGGCAAGGAUGGACUCAAGAGGGUCUUCGACCUGUCUGGCCAAGCAUGGCAAGAGGCAUUUGAAGAAUUCCAGAGGCUGAAGGCGGCUGCGAUUGCAGAAAGAAACCGCGCUCGUGUCGUUGGAGGCCUGCCAGAUGUGGUUGCGAUCCAGCAGGGCAAGUCCCUGAACCUGACUGGCAACGUGUGGGGCGACCCGGCCCCCACGGUCUGCUGGAUGAAGAACGACAAGGAACUGGUGACGGAUGACCGCUACACGCUCAAGUUCGAGAACGGGAAGUACGCCAGCAUCACCAUCGCCGGGGUGACCACCGCCGACUCAGGCAAAUACGCCCUGCGGGUCAGCAACAAGUACGGCACGGAGAACGGCGAUUUCACCGUCAGCGUGUACACCCCCGAGGACGAGGACAAGAAGGAGUGAAGUGAUGAUGGGGUUCUUAUGUUAGGAGUGGGAGGGGAGUGAGAGAGAGAGAGAGAGAGAGAGAGAGAGAGAGAGAGAGAGAGAGAGAGAGAGAGAGAGAGAGAGAGAGAGAGAGUGAAGUGGGACAGGGCUAUCUCUGAAAGUCGUUCACCCCAGUGCAAAAUAAGUACAGCUGAAGCAGUCUGAAUAAAAGAUGACAGGGAGAAAGUUACAACGCUUCCCUCUGCCUUUUUCCUGCACAGGGCUAAAAACAACAACCUAGAAAGCCCUGGGGGAGUGUUGCUCUUCACAGAAUGAAGCUCAGAUUAUGUAAUAGGGGAAUAUCUAUGUUGCUUAACAUGUCUUUUCUGUUUUUUGUUGCUUUUGGUCUUCAGAUAGUACAAAAAAGCCAAUCGGUAGACAAUCACUGUUUAGCAAAAGGAAAAACACCUAAUAAUCAAAACAUAGUUUUGAAUAACUUCCUAAAUUGUUAAAGUCUAUGCUCUCUCACACCAAGGCACCGCUGAGGUUAUGGUGUUGAUGUAAUUUAGUGUUUUUUUGGUUAUUGCUUUGCAAAUAUAAAACUCACCUAUAGACAAAAAUAAAUUCAUAAUAAUAAUCAUUGUAAACCAUGAAUGGAACCCAUUUCCUGUAUUAUUAGUGCGCUAUUUUGUCACUCUGCGUUUAAGUGACGUCAUGUAUGUAAGGCGAGGGCUCAAGUCAUUCGUCAGGAGGAGUCGAAAGAGAACAGGAAGAAAAGGUCGUGCAAUGUGGACAUGUGAACACUAAUCUGUCUGGGCAUAUGUUGCAUACUUCUGAUCGUGUGUACACACUGUAGAGAUCGAUAUACAAGCAUGACACUCAACGAAUGUAUUUACAAGUGUACGGGGAAAGAAAUUAAAAAACUUUCAAAUAAUGACUGCCCUCCAGAAUGGCUUGAGACCGAAAAUAAAUGUAUUCUCCAAUAAAGAAAGUUGACCUGG